AUGCAUCAUAGCAUUUUUUCAACUAUGCGUAGUUUGAAUAUGAUGGAGGGGUGUAAGGGAACCCAAGUCUAUGCCCUUAAUCCGUCUGGUACAACAACAACCACCAAUGGGUUUGGUGGUGGUGGUGGUGUAGGGGAGAAGUUUUUACAGAAUUUGUUGGCUAAUCCUGUUAGGUCUAGAUCGGAUCGUAAUUUUCCAGCUAGUCAAUCGAAAGAUGAGGUUAAUAUGGGUGUUUUAGCUGAAGCCCUUGCUAGUUAUGGCCUGCCAAAAACUGAUCUACUUGAGCCUCAGAUUGAGUUUUGUUUGAAACCUAUGAAUUUUGUGGAGACAUUAGCUGAUGUUUAUUGUAGGAUGGAGGGUUGUGCUCAGUUUGGCAAGUCAAAGAUGUUUCUUGAGCAAUGUGCUAUAUUUAGGGGAUUACCGGAUCCUAAAUUGUUUAGGAAGUGCCUUUUGUCUGCUAGGUUACAUGCUGUUGAUGUGCACACCAAAGUUGUUCUUUCUGCCUGGUUGAGGUUUGAGCGAAGGGAGGACGAGUUGAUUGGUGUAUCGGCCAUGGAUUGUUGUGGGAGAAGCAUGGAGUGCCCUGGCAGUGCUUUGGUGACGGGGUAUAAUCCUGAAUCAGCUACUGAUCCUUGUAUGUGCCACCGGGGUAAGGAUACUGAAAUUAACAUGGAUGAAGAAUGCUCCACUUCAUCGAGUCGUGGAAAUGAGGAAGAGGAUUUUGACAUGUCAUUUUGUAUUGGGGAUGAUGAAGUCAGGUGUAGGAGAUUUAACAUUGCAUCACUUUCUAGGCCAUUUGAAGUCCUGCUCUAUGGUAGCUUCAUGGACUCGCGAAGGGAGAAAAUAAAAUUUUCAAAUAAUGGGAUUUCUGCAGAGGGGAUGAAAGCUGCUGAGAUGUUUAGCAGAACAAAAAGUGUGGACUCUUUCAACCCUGAUAUUGUCCUAGAGCUCCUGUCAUUAGCCAACAAGUUCUGUUGUGAUGAGAUGAAGUCUGUUUGUGAUGCGUAUUUGGCAUCUUUGGUCUUUGACAUGGAUAGUGCUAUGUUGCUUUUUGAAUAUGGACUGGAGGAGAAUGCAUAUCUUCUAGUGGCAGCAUGUUUGCAGGUAUGUUUAAGGGAACUUCCAAAUUCAAUGCAUAAUCCAAAUGUGUCAAGACUCUUCUGCAGUUCAGAAGGUAAGGACCGAUUAUCUUACGUAGGACAUGCUUCCUUUCUGCUCUACUAUUUUCUGAGCCAAGCAGCUAUGGAGGAUGACCUGAAAUCAAACACAACAGUAAUGCUGUUGGAAAGGAUGGGAGAAUGUGCAAGUGAAGGCUGGCAGAAGCAACUAGCAUUCCACCAAUUAGGUUGUGUGAUGCUUGAAAGAAAAGAGUACAAGGAUGCACAGAAAUGGUUUGAGGCAGCUGUUGAAGCUGGUCAUGUUUAUUCCUUAGUAGGCAUUGCCAGAUCCAAAUACAAGCGUGGUCAUAUGUACAAGGCAUAUAAGUUGAUGGACUCCCUCAUCUCUGAUUAUACACCUUCUGGGUGGAUGUAUCAGGAGCGAUCAAUGUAUUGUCAAGGAAAAGAAAAGACGAUGGAUUUGAGUACAGCUAGUGAACUGGAUCCAACUCUUUCUUAUCCAUAUAAGUACAGAGCGGUUUCAAAGGUGGAGGAAAAUAGACUUGGACCAGCUAUUUCUGAGAUCAACAAAGUACUUGGCUUCAAGAUUUCUCCUGACUGCCUUGAGCUUCGUGCUUGGUUUUUAAUUGUCCUGGAGGAAUAUGAAGGCGCUUUAAGGGAUGUUAGGGCACUAUUGACUUUAGAUCCCCAUUACAUGAUGUUCCAUGGGAAGUUGCAAGGUGAACACUUGGUGGAGCUUCUAAGUCAUAAUGUUCAACCGUGCAGUCAGGCUGACUGCUGGAUGCAACUAUAUGACCGAUGGUCCUCCGUAGAUGAUAUUGGCUCCCUAGCUGUUGUCCACCAUAUGUUAGCUAAUGAUCCAGGGAAGAGUCUCUUAAGGUUCAGGCAAUCUCUCCUGCUUUUACGAUUAAAUAGCCACAAGGCAGCAAUGCGUAGUUUGAGAGAAGCAAGAAACCAAGCUACCUCCGAGCACGAAAGGCUAGUCUACGAAGGAUGGAUAUUAUAUGACACAGGUUAUCGUGAAGAAGCAAUUGCUAAAGCUGAAGAGUCUAUCUCUAACCAGAGAUCGUUUGAAGCCUUUUUCCUGAAAGCAUAUGUGUUAUCAGAAACAAGUCCUGACUCUGAAUCUUCAUUGUAUGUCAUACAACUGCUUGAGGAAGCUCUUAGGUGCCCUUCAGAUGGUCUUCGGAAAGGCCAGGCUCUCAGUAAUCUGGCAAGUGUCUAUGUAGAUGUUGAUAAUCUAGAUAAUGCGAUUGAUUGCUAUACAAAUGCACUGAAUAUUAAGCAUACACGAGCCCAUCAGGGUCUGGCACGUGUUUACCAUCUAAAAGAUCAAAGAAAAUUAGCUUAUGAUGAGAUGACAAAGUUGAUUGAGAAAGCAAAAUCUAAUGCAUCUGCUUAUGAGAAGCGGUCUGAAUACUGUGAUCGUGAAAUGGCAAAAAGUGAUCUUAGUAUGGCGACAAAAUUAGAUCCCCUACGAACAUACCCAUACAGAUACAAGGCAGCUGUUCUGAUGGAUGACCACAAGGAAGCCGAGGCUAUAGCAGAGCUAACAAAAGUCAUUUCUUUCAAGCCAGACUUACAACUGCUCCAUCUUCGAGCAGCAUUUCAUGACUCAAUGGGUGACCUCACUUCUGCAAUUCGAGAUUGUGAGGCAGCGCUGUGUCUUGACUCCAGCCAUGCAGACACACUUGACCUCUAUCAGAAAGUACAGCAACGAGCUAAAGAACAACCAAAAACGUGAAAGGAGCAAAAGAUG